GCAGUCUGCCACUGACGCCGGCUGGCGGCAACCGCCUCCACCUUUCAGUCUAUAUAUCGCGAAAUGUUAUCGUGAAUAUUUCAUGACACUCUCAGUAUUUGCUUUCAUGGGUUAUGUGUGGUGAAUCAUUCCAAAAUGAAAAGGGAGGAUUCUCAGUCCUGCGCGGAAAGAAGUGGGCCAAGGCCGUCGCGUUCCCUCAUGGACAGUGUGUCGUCAGAUGAAGGACCGGAGACAGAGCAACUGCUCCGUUCGCAGCUGCCGCCCGCCGUGGUGGCCGCUGCGAGUCGGCGACGUGAAUCCCUAACUGCGCCUCCUUCGCCUACUGACUCCCGCAAGAAACGCGACCAUCGGCAUCAUUACAGAAAUCACUUGCAGCAUCUCAUUCACUGGCGGGAUAUAUGGGGCGGAGAACCUCACAACCAUAAGGGUCAUGAGAGCCUUCACCGCAGCGAGUCGAUGGUGUCGCUGGCGUGCUUCAAGACGCUAUCGCAGCUGGCGACCGGCGACACUAGCGCCACCGCAGAGCUCCAGCAGUUCCUUAACACUAACAAGAAUGUCAAUGUGGACGAUCGGGACGAGAAUGGCACAACAGCGCUCAUGUGUGCGUGUGAAAGCGGACGGGCGGCCGCGGUUCGACUUCUACUGGGAGCGAACGCGGACCCGGCCGCAGCGGAUGCGGACGGAUGGACGCCCCUGGCCUUCGCGGCUCGCGGAGGACAUCUCUCCAUUGUGAAGGACUUGAUAGACGCCGGAGCCAAAGUAGACUCGAGGGACUGUGGUGGAUGGACCCCUUUGAUGUGGGCUUCGUAUAAGGGACACGAGGAAGUGGUGGCGUACCUUCUGGAGAAGGGGGCCGAUGUACAUGCGCAUGGCAAUUAUAAUAUUAAUUCAUUAGUAUGGGCGGCGGGCCGCCGCCACAGUGGGGUGGUACAGCGGCUACUAGCAGCGGGGGCUCGACCGAACUCCUGUGACAAAUACGCCACUUCGGCGUUGACAUGGGCGGCCCGGGCGGGCGACGUGACUGCGUGCGCCGCUCUACUGCGCGCUGGCGCCGAUCCCAACACCGCGGGCAUGUAUUGCUGGACUCCGCUGUUGCAAGCCACGCAAGGAAAUCACUUUGAAAUAGUGCAAAUGCUACUAGAACACAAGCCUAACGUGAACGCAUUAGAUAAGGACGGCUAUACCGCGUUGGCUAUAGCUUGCAAAGAGGGGUACUACGACAUCGCGGUUGCUCUGAUCAAUUCUGGGGCCUACAUUAACGUUCAGGAUCACUCGAAAGACACGCCCCUUAUCCACGCGGUCAAAGGUGGUCAUAAGAACAUAGUGGAGGCUUUAUUGAAGAAACAUGUGGAUGUAGAUUUGCCGGGAAAAGAGAAGAAGACUCCAGUCUACACAGCGGUGGAGAAAGGACAUGUCGCCAUAUUGAAACUGCUGCUAGCGUCUAACCCGGAUUUGGAACAUAGUACUAUUAGUGGCGACACUCCUCUCAUGCGCGCAGUGCGGUCUAGGAAUGCGGAAAUGGUGCAACUGUUAUUAGAGAAGAAGGCGCGAGUGAACGUGGCCGAUAAUCGCGGCGACACCGCCUUGCACGUGGCCAUGAGAGCGCGCUCUAAGCAAAUAGUGGAAAUCCUCCUAAGAAAUCCAAAGAACAGUCAACUUUUAUACAAACCGAACAAGCUGAAAGAGACGCCUUACAACAUUGACAUGAGUUACAACAAGACUAUUUUGGGGCAAAUCUUCGGCGCUCGGAAGUUAAAUACGAAUGAAGAUAAUGAAAAUCUCCUUGGAUACGAAUUGUAUAGCGCGGCGUUAGCGGAUAUGCUGUCGGAGCCAAGUCUGUCUGUGCCUAUCACAGUGGGACUGUAUGCACGAUGGGGCUCCGGAAAAUCGUUUUUGCUCAAUAAACUCAAAGAGGAGAUGAAGAACUUCGCUCGUCAAUGGAGCGAGACCGGCUGGUCGUGGUCUUGGGCCGUGUGGUGGAGCGCCUGGCACGCGGCGUUAGCCGUGGCUGCUCUAGCCGCCAUGGCCGGGGCGCCCGCCUACGUCGCCGUGGCGGUGUGCUUCGCGCUCUUCAUAGCCAUCUACCUGGCGUUCUACCUGCUCUGGUACAUGGGCAACAAAUAUGAAUGGUGGUGGGCUGGCGGCGUGCUGUCGGCCUUAGGACACAAGUUCAAUUCCUUGCUGCUGGUGCUUCAAGUCGUGUUCUGCCAUCCACCGGGCCCCAACGACCCUAGAGCCUUACCUGCCACGCCUAUCAAAUUCCACUUCACAGAAGGCAUGAAAAGCAGCACUGGACAAGAAGGCGACGCCAUGGUUGUCCAGAUGUUAAGUUCUCUGGCUGAAGCACUAGAGUGUCAGUACGGCCGCGUGUGUACUAGACUGGCUCGCGCCUUCAGACCCAAGCCCGUGUCCAGCACCUCCAGUUGGAAAUGGCGCCGCAUGUGCUGCAUCCCGCACAUUGUGACGUUCGAGUUGUGCUUCAUCUGCGCCGUGGUCGGGUUGUGUGUGCUCGUGCUGUUCCUCACGGACAAGGAGUAUGAUCAGCAGCGUCGCGACGUUCAGCAAGGACUGCUAGUAGGCGCUAGCGCCGUGGCCGGCGUGGCGUUGCUCGCCAACAUGUACACGCUGGCGCGCGUGCUCGCCGCGCUGGCGCUGCCGCCGCGCGCGCGGCUGCAGCGGGCCACGCGCCGCCGGAGGGACGCCGCCACGCUCGCGCUGCGGCCGGAGGUGCAGGCCUUGACGCGCAUGGUAUCCUGCCUAGACGCGUUCACUGGCCAACAAACUCGUCUAGUGGUGGUCGUCGACGCCCUGGACAGCUGCGAACAAGAGAAAGUUCUGGCACUCCUCAACGCGGUCCAUGCUCUGUGUUCCGACCCGAAGAGUCCAUUUAUACUACUGCUGGCUAUCGACCCUCACAUCAUAAGCAAGGCCGUGGAGAUAAACAGUCGCCGAGCAUUCUCUGAGAGUAACAUUGGUGGCUGGGACUACCUCCGCAAUAUGGUGCAGCUUCCCUUCUACCUCCAAAACUCAGCACUUCGGCGGGUGAAGACUGCGCAGUCGACAGCCGCUAGGCGCAUGCAGAACUUCACUGCGGACGAGUUUGGCGCUUCGCUACAAAGAUCUGUAUCCGCCCGCCGCUUGUCAUCGACAUCCGAACUGAUGUCGAGUCAAGAGCGCAUAAAGAACCAGCCGAACAAGGAUCCCAGCGGCGGGGGCGGGGCUGCGGCGGCCCGGGCGCGGAGACUCCGCCCCUCGGACUCCCUAGCUUCGUCCGUGGCGUCCGGGCUCCAUAGAGCGGUGCCCACGGGCGCCGCUGACUUGGGGAGGGUGCUGCUAACGGACGACUACUUCAGCGAUGUCAACCCGAGAAGCAUGCGGAGAUUGAUGAACGUGCUAUAUGUUACUGGUCGUUUACUGAAAGCGUUCCAAAUAGAGUUCAGCUGGUACCAGCUCGCGUCCUGGGUGAACAUGACGGAGCAGUGGCCGUUCCGCACCUCCUGGAUCAUCUACCAUCACGAGACCUACGAGGAUCAUAUUGAUGACUCCACUUCGCUUAAACAUAUCUAUGAGAAAGUAAAGCCUCAAAUAAGCAGCAUUCGCGAAGCAAGCACUCUAAUGGAGCUGGACCGCGACGAACGCAAGCUGGAAGUGUUUCUCAGCUUCCACCGCAGCACGCUCACCGCCGCAGACCUCAAGAUAUUCCUGCCCUUCACCAUCAACCUGGACCCGUACAUCAAGAAGGUGAUCAAAGAAGACCAGCUGCAAUCUGGCGCAGAGGAAGAGGCAGUGGUAUCGAACGCCAUGCCGUGGGGCGCAUCACCACACGGGGCGCACCAAAGGCAUCCCCACUCUAAAUUGUUCCCCAGGAAGCAUCGUUCGUCACCACCCAGCUCUUCAUCGCUGCCAGCUAACACGGUGGGUGCCGUGGGUCCCGUGGGUCCCGGCGGGGCACCGCUGUGGGUGGGGUGGGCCAACACGGGCCCCGGGUUCAUGCCCGCCGUGCCCACACAGCAACCGCAGCCGUAUCAACAGACCAAUCCAUACAAUAUGCUGAGGAUGGCUUUUCCGGGUUUGAGUGACCCGUCCAACAUCCGGCUCUCGCAGCUGAGCGUGGACGAGAUGUGCGGCGUGGCGCGGCAGGCGCUGGGCGGCGCGGGGCAGCUGGCCAGCGCGGCGCUGCGCCGCCAGCACGUGUGCGGGCUGGCGCUCGCCGUGUGUCGGCUGGCGGACCUGCAGCCGAUUCUGGAUCUACCGUUUGGCGAUUGGGAGCUUUUCAAGCUGCUUAUUACAAAUCUCCGGGAAUUAGAAGCCAACAUGCCGACGAGCGCACCCACCGUUACAGUGAUAUCAGACAAGGCGGCCGAAACGGAACCGGAUAGCGUGAAGCCCAGGGCGCAACUGGAGCACCAACGCAGCAGACCUUCCAAUGUGGAGAAACAGGUGACGUUAGAGGAGCAGAUGAUCUGCGGCGCCCUGCAGACCCUGAACGAAGAGGCCAUGGAGGACGUGCUGCAGUCGGAGCCCCCGCCCCCAGACGAGGAGAGCUCGCCGCCCGCCAGCCCGCCCGCGCCGCGCCGCGACGCCAUCCUCAAGAGCGGCUCCGUGCGGCGCCGCGACCCUCCCGCCGUCACCUUCAACGUCGAGAACGAGGAGGACUCGGACGACGACGGCCGCCUCGCCUUCACCGCGCGCCCCGGCCGCCGCGCGCGCCCCGCCUCCCUGCUCGGCGAGCUGCCCGGCGCCGCGCCGCUCUCGGCGGAGGACCCCGCCGACGGUAAGCUGCGCUCGCUGCGCCGCACUACAGACAUGCUGCGCAAGGUCAGCUCCGCCGAGCGCCUCACGCGGCUCAAGGACAAGAUGCUGUCGCGCGACCGCACGCCGCCGCGCUCGGACCCCAGCGACGACGAGUCCGCGCCGCUGGUGUCGCCGCCGGGCGCGCCGGGCCGCGCGGCCUCGUCGCCGGCGUCCCCGGGCGAGGCGCGCGUGCGCGUGGACGCGAGCGGCGGCUCGGGUUCGCCGCGCUCCGACGUCACGGAGCUGGAGUCGCCGCGCGCGGCCGACUUUGACCUGCUGCCGGCCGGCAAGCGCGGCGCGGGGCUGGCGCGGCACGACAGCGGCGGCUCGCUGGCCAUGGCGGAGCCCUACACCCUGCGGCUGCUGACGCACGGCACGUCAGACGCGGGCCGCGCGCUGUGGCGGCAGGACGCGCUAGACGCGGGCCCGCCGUGGCCCUGGGACGAACCCGACUCUGCCGUGUGAAGCCGGCCCGUGCCGACCGAAGAUCUAUCUUUUCGCGUUAUGAUAUACUCGAGAGCACUAAGAAAAAGCGCCCGUUUCAUGGCUAAUAUUAAAUAAGCGUAUUAAAUAAAUAUAGUAAAAGUUCCUUGAUCCGAACGAUUUAUGGCAUGAUGACGAAGUGUGACAAAGUCGCCUAAUAAUUAGGUAACCGCUUUUGACAAGCUUUCACUUUAACAAUAAGGAGUAGGAGUUACAGUAAAGUUUUUUGAAUUCUGACCGUAGAAUCAUCACUUCAGAAAUUGUAGUAACAAAUGUAGAUAGGUACUUAAUUUCAGAGAAGACAUCAAGGAUUAUUGUGCAUUUAAACAAAAUGACUAUAUCCAGGAUUGUGAUAUUAUAAUCAUAAGUAUAUUACAAUAUAUUUUGUUCC